AUGUCAGCUAACUCCUCCUCAUCACUGGAGACUCUUCUUCCUCCCUCCGUCUUCUUCAUCUCUGAAGGUUUUUACUGUUUCAUCUCCAGACCGAGUUCCUUCAGCUUCGUGGCUUUCUACAUCGCCCACUUCGUUCUUCUUCUCCCCCUCAGCAUCCUCAUCCUCCUCUCUGCUCUCAACGAGUGGAAGCGAAGACACGCCGCCGGCUCAGCGUCGUCGUUGAGCCACUUUGACUGUUUCACUUACCACAUCGUCGCCAUGGAGACAUUUUGUGUCUUCAGGCUGGUCCCGUACUGCCUGGGCGUCUAUACUGAAAACCCAACGGAUGUAUUCGUGGGAGGACUUUUGUCGUCCUUCAUCUGGUACGGGGAGACGUCGUUUCACGUUUUGACGUGUGUGGAGCGCUACCUGGCCGUGGUUCACCCCGUCACCUACCUGAGCCUCAGGAACGACCGGGGAACCAGAAUCAGAAAUGUCUGCAUCUCCUGCGUCUGGCUGCUUUGCGUCGUGAGGCUGAGCUUGUUUGUGUUGAAAGACGUUUUCCUCAUCAUGGAUUUCUGCCUCUUGCUGAUCUCGUUGGUAAUCAUGUCGGCCUGCAGCCUUGCGGUUCUGCGCGUCUUGGUCCGUCCAGGUCCAGGAGAGCAGGGCGGUGAGAGGGUCAGCCAGCUGAAAAGGAGAGCCUUCUACACCAUCGUCACCAUACUGGGAGUACUGGUUUUGAGAAACAACAGAGGCAACACAAAACUGCUGGGCAGAUUCACCAGGACACCAACAGCCACCAGAAAACAGUAGGAACUGAGAUUCAAACCGUCUACGAUGCUCCAAAUCACACUUCCAACGAAUCUCAACACCUGAACCACCAAAAUGAUCAAGAUGGUUUUAAAAGCCCUCUGCUUGGCCUGAUCAACCCUCCGUACGCCGGCUUCCUUAUCGCCUGGCAAAGGGCGAAAUAAAUUAGACAUAACAGAAAGGCUGCAGAAGGACACAAAUGCUAAAUUUGCGACCAGGAUGCAUACGUCGAAAAAGGCGAGAAACUUUCUGAAGGCCAUCAGACCCAUGCAGACGAAGGAGAGCAGCCAGACGCAGAGAACGACGACGUUCCUCAGCCGCACGCCUCGUUCGUUUCUAAGACUCAGGUAGAAGGUGGGAUGAACGA